AUCACGUUAUCUAAGAUUCGUAAAGUCAAAACAGACCUCCUCGCAAUAUCAGAAGAACUCGACUUGGAAAUCUCGACCGCUGCAUUGGCAUAUGCUUAUUUCGAAAAAUUAAUUAUGAAAGGUUCUUGGAAUGGUAAAGACUCUACGGGAAUCUCGACAGAAUCAAAUCAUUCUCCAGUAACGAAAGUGAACCGCAAGUUGAUGGCCUAUAUCAAGGAACAUGAAUUUCAAGUCUUUUCGUUACUCGAGUUCAAUUUGUACUUGCCCAGGCAAGAAUUUUUACCACAUUUUGAGCAGAUUCUCUAUCGACAAGAUUACCUCAAUGUCCAAGAAUAUUUGGGGGAAGAUGAAUUUUACUCUGUACCUUCUCAUCAACACAAAGCACCAGAAUAG